CCUCCCUUGACCCUAAUGGAGCUGCCUGUCGUGGCCGUUGUUGACUGUUCCCCUCUCCUCUGCUCUUUCCAGCAAAACAAGGCCGCCGUCAGGCUGAAGGAGGACGUGAAGAGGAUUAUGGCUCAUCCCCUCGGCACACAGAAGAGGGCCUGCAGUGCCGGCAAGGUGUUUGGAGUGUCUCUCCGUGACCUCCAGCAACGAGGGCAGACGAUUGAUGGGGUCCCUCUGGUGGUGCAACACAUGGUGGAAUAUCUGCAAGAGCAUGGGCUGGAGCAAGAAGGCCUCUUUCGGGUGAACGGGAACGUGAGGGUGGUGGAGAGACUGCGGCAGAGGUACGACUCCGGAGCGAAACCAGAUCUCGUCCAGGAGGCCGAUGUCUACUCAGUCGCCAGCCUCCUCAAACUGUUCCUGCGGGAGCUCCCCGACUCACUCAUUGUCUCCAGGCUGCAUUCCAAGUUCAUGCAGCUCUAUCAGGGUCGCAAUGGAGAUCAAGAGGAGCUGCAGUGGCUUCUGAGGCAGCUUCCAGAUGUUAACUAUUUCGUGUUGAAAUUCCUGUGCCACUUUCUGACCCAAGUGGCUGCACACCAAAAGACCAAUCGAAUGACCAUUUACAACCUCGCCACAGUAUUCGGCCCCAAUGUAUUCUAUGUUUCCCCUGGUAUUGAAGGAAUAAAGGAACAAAAUAUUUCCAAUAAACUCAUGACCGCACUGCUGGAGAAUUACAGCACCUUCUUCGAGAAUGUAGAUGAGAUGGAAGCUCCACCUGAAGUUCAAACCAAGGUGAUAACUGUGCAAGAAGCCUCUCGCGGUGAUGUGGCCUUCAGCUUCAGACCCCGUCCAUUGCCUCCAUGUGAACUAACAGCUGAAUCAUCGAGAUCCCUGCCAAAGAGAAAGAAGACCAAAAAGACAAGGCCAGAAGGCAGACCAGGGUCUUUCCCCGUGCCCCAGCCUGAGUACUCGAGUGGCACUCCAGAAACGGCCCGGACACUGACUGUCAAAAGCCCCAGACGAGAGGAGAUGGAGUCGUCAGAAGAACUGGAAGCUAGUAUAAAAGAUCUGGAGAUAAACAGCAGCUCGCAAGAUGCUGAUCGGCCAAUGUCACCGUUUUAUUUAAGUGCCCACAUGCCUACAGUCAACAGGAUAUCAGCAGCCGGGAACCUUCUUGAAAGGACUAUCCGAUCCGCAGUAGAACAGCACCUCUUUGAUGCUCAUGGCAGUGGAAGUCAAAGUUCAGAGGAAUCUGAAAUGGGAACAUCUUCAUCCACAGCCAGACAGAGAAGGAGACAUCUCAAAGAGCAGGAUGAAUACUGGCGAAACAAAGAAACGGACAGCAUCAACAAAGAGAAUAUUCCCUGUAACAGUGAGGAGGGACGAUCGGGACUUCUGGAACCUUCCCAAGCCAGUGAUAAAAAGCUAAAAGAGAACAACAGUAGUUACAUCGAGGAAGGCAUGAAGCCAAAGAGACAGAAAUCAAGUUGUAAACUCUCUGUGCUAAAUGACAACCAGGAUUCUCCAAUGCCCAUGGAAAGCAGCAGCAUUACGUCAUCCUGGUCUCCUGAUCCAUCCCUUGGAAUGUCAGGGCCUGGCGGAAGCCUAAAUUUCCUGACCCAGCCAGAAGAUGCAACUGAACGCGACAGAAAAGAAGGCAUAAAUGCAUUCUGCGGUGGGGAGCCUUACGAUCAUACUAAACUGACUCUGAAUUUAGCCAUGAAGAUCCAAGAACCUCUGAGUCAAAGCGACGUGGCCAAACCACCAAGGAGUCCCGAGGCAGCAACGCUGGAAGGGAGCGCUUCUCUGGAGAUCCCUCGCUUGGAUCUGACUGGUCUCACCGAGGGCAAGGAAUGGGGAGAGUCUGUCUCGGCACCCCUGGUGUGGCAGAGCCCAGAUGCCGAGUCCGAGGAAGCUCGGGUAUCGCCACAGGCUGGCCGGCUGAUUCGCCAACUGCUGGAGGAGGAUUCCGAUCCCAUGCUGUCACCUCGUUUCUACGCCUAUGGUCAGAGCCAACAGUUUCUCAACGAUACAGAAGUACCCCCAUCACCUCCUGAUUCCCAUUCCUUCAUGAGGCGUCGGAGUUCGUCCCUCGGUUCCCACGACGAUGAGAGGGAGGAGCUGACCCCAGCACAAAUGACCCGGAGGAUCCAGAACUUGAAGAAGAAGAUCAGGAGGUUCGAGGAGAAAUUCGAGGAAGAGCGAAGAUACCGCCCUUCACACAGCGACAAAGCCACAAACCCAGAAGUGCUGAAGUGGAUGAAUGAACUUGCAAAGCUUCGCAAGCAGCUGAAAGACACCAAGCUGAAGGUCUCUGAGGAAGGGGUUGUCCCCCAGAUGAGGCAACGCAGCAACACCCUCCCGAAAAGCUUUGGCUCCCAACUGGAGAAGGGGCCUGAGAAGGAGCCAGAGAAGAAGCCCGAGGCGGCGGAGAAGGUGCAGAAGCCACCGGUGGAUGUGACGCUCGAUGUCAUCCUGAAGAAGCUGCAGGAGAAGCGGGCUGAGGUGGCACGGCCCGAAGAUAUCAAGGAUAUGACUCGAGAUGAGAUUGCUAGUGAAAAAGUGGCUCUGCAGAAGGGCCUUCUGUACUAUGAGAGCAUACAUGGGCGACCGGUGGCGAAGGCCGAGAGGCAGAUAAUGAAACCGCUGUACGAUCGUUACCGUCUCUUGAAGCAGAUCCUCGCGAGGGCGACCACCAUCCCCGUCAUCGGCUCCCCAUCGAGCAAGCGGCGAAGCCCUUUGCUGCAGCCGAUAAUAGAGGGUGAAACAGCUUCCUUCAUCGAGGACCUAAAGGUAGAGGAGGAAGAUGGCUCCGAAGAUGACUUCAACACCAAAACUGACUUUGCUGUCACCGGCAAGUCGGCCUUCACCAUCCGGAGCUUUCUGGACCAACUGGACGAUGACACCGAUGGGUUUGUGUCACCCACUGAGGACAGGGCGCCAACUCGAUGCAGCCUUGAUCUGAGGCUCUCCAACCUGCACUCUGCCUCUAUGCCAGAACUUCUGGAACAACUGCAAGAAGCCCGAGCUGACAAGAAGAGGCUUCGCAAAAGCCUGAGGGAUUUUGAAGACACAUUUUUUCAGGAAAAUGGAAGGACUGUUCAGAAGGAAGAUCGCGUGCCCAUGUCCGAGGAAUACAGCGAAUACAAACACAUCAAGGCAAAGCUGAGGCUCUUGGAAGUGCUCAUAAGCAAACAAGAUCCAUCGAAGGUUGUAUGAAUCCUGAAAGCCUCAGCAGUGUCGAUUUUCAUUGCCUCUUUAAUUUAGCGGAUGGCCCCACAGCCAUGACGACAGGGUGCUUUUGGCCUUUUAUCGUGGACGGCAGUAAAUGACAAAACACAGCCUGAAUAUAUACUGGCCUUGCCGCCUCUCCAAGGAUCAUGUCUGGCACCAACAGUGCUGCAAGACAUCAACCAAGAGGAAUUGCUACCCUGACGUCUCCUGUGCUUUUUUGUUUAUUUUUUGUAGGACGGGUUUUGAUCAAACAGGUUUAUCCUUCCGACUUGGUGCCAUCCUUAUCCGUAUAUCCCAGAUAUUCCUUGAACAAGAGGUCUUGAAGGAAACCACAAUGGAUUUUGUAUGUUGCAAGCGAACCAUUCAUAGAGACUUGUCUCGGAUGAUCCCAGAUUGAACUGACCUUCAGCUCAUCAGAACAGCGUGUGCUUCAGGUUCAAGCCUGUACAGUCAGCCAGCUAGUCCGUACCAGGACUGGGCUGUGUGAGACAUUAUGACAGAACAAUCAGAAAAUCAACAGGCUGGUUCCUUGAAAACUGGAUAUUCUUCAUAGCUUGUCAUUUCUUCUUUUGAAAUCUAGUCAUGGGAUUUUCCACACCCUCUUCAGCAUGAUUGCAGGACCUAAAAGGCUCUCUACACAUUUUAAUGGAACAAAAUUAUUGGUGACAUAUUCCAAACCUCAAUUAAAGGGGGAAAUUAGACUUUGUUUUUGUUUGUAGGAUGUUUUCAUACUGAUGUCAAAAACGAGAAUCAAUUUAAUGACUAGCAAGUUGAAAAAAAGAUUUCUGCGCGCAUCCAGUUUUUAGAAAGAAGCACUGGAGUUUCGUGCUUUUUAGAUAUUGAUCUUUGCAGAAAUGCAAAGUAGAAUGACAGGCUGAGGAAGAGAAAUUGUGCAGUUGAGUCACUACUUUCGUUUUUAAUAUACAAUAUAUAUGCUUUAGAGCCCCAACUUGUUGCACAAAUUAGUCUUGUUUUUAUGGGAGUUUGAGAUGAAUUGAACAGAGUAUGAAACAGGUAGCUGGUGUGGUUUCAGCCAAAGCAUUUCAUUGCUGCUUGUAAGUGGCAGUGAUGUUAAAAUCUCUUCUCCUGGAUGGUACAACUCGAGUUUGGGAAUUGCAAGUCACUUUGAGAAAAGCUCACCUUUUAAUCAAUUUAAUGGAUUGUUGUGGCAGGACCUGUUUCUGGAAAGUACUUUUUUUGUUUUGACAGGUGUGUUAAUGCUUACAAGGCAUGCUUUUCCUGAUAAGAUUUAGAACUCUAUUGUGUUUUUCUUUCUCAAACCCUGUCCCACAGUGGUAAUGUUUUACUGGAGAAAAGGCAAAAUUCCACAGAAGUCAAGAGUUUUGAAACACUUUUUAUGUAGCGCAUCAAAAGGACUUGCUGCGGAAUGGAAGUGUUUUUACCAAGUAAAAGGACCUCACUUCCUUCUCAUACAAUAUGACUUUGUUCAGUGGCACCUUUUUUUUUUGUACACUUUCUCAAAUCAGCAUGCGACCAAGGCUUUACAAACUGCUUUCCAACCACAGGCUUUGGUGAGAUUUUCUGUAGUCACUUUGUUGGAUCACGAGUAAAGAAACUUUCACAUUGUCUGUCUGAAAACGAUGUUCAAAGGCUUGUGGUUUUGAACAGAGUACAGGAAUUUGCAUUUCAUAUCUUCACUGGUCCUGUUUUUACACUGACUGGAGAUCGUUUCAUACCUGGAAAAACAUGGUACUACUUAUCUUUCCUGACCAUCUGUGACAUCGGUCUAGCUUUGUAACACUUUUUAGUAAAUGUCUCUUUAUUAGCCCCUGGGCUGCUGAAAAGCUGUUGAGAGAAUAUAGCUCUCGGAGACUUCAGGAACCUAACAAAGUCCAUCAGGGCACUCUGGGAAAAGUAUGUCAAGCGCUUGGAGACCAGAUUUUUUUCAAAAGUGUAGCCUAAUGCACAAAAGGAUAGAGUUCAGGUAUGUCCUGCUUAAGUUUCCCCUCCUAAACCAGUCCCAUGCCCAAAUUACCAUUGUGUGAAGCUCAGUCCUUUUUGUGCUAAAACUAUUCUUGAACCUUACUACAUGGGGAUUCCAGUCUGUGCCACAUUUAAAUAACUAGGAGCCGCAUAUGAGCAUGUGAACAUAUGGGCUUCUUGAUAUUCCUACCUUUUUUUUAUAUAUAAUGCUCAAUGUAACUGCGUGUUGCUAAGAAAGCACAUACAUACACCCAUAUGGUACUCAUAUAGCAUGGCAAGCUUGUCAGGGCAGUUUGUAUUAUAGAUGUUUGACAGCAAUUUUAAUGAAAACAUAGAAAUGAGGAUAGAUUUGAUUACCUGUAAACAGGUACUGAAUUAUAUUGGCGCAUCCCAAUAUACUUUUAUCCUUGAGCUCCACUGGACCUCUACUUCCUGAGGAGUAGCUGCCCUUAAAUCUGAGGUCAUCUAAGAAUUCAGUGUCAACCUUGCACAGAGUUCUGCGCAAGCUACGAAAAUCGUAGCUACUUUGUGUGGCAAGAUGAGACUUUACAUCAAACUGUAUAGAAAAGCCUGCGUGCAGUAGUAAUUUUGAAAGCUUUACCAUCAGUAAAGAACCACCACAAGAGAAUGAUUGAAGCAGCAGAGAUUUCAGUUGAGGUUGUGGAAGGAGCUUUUAUGCACACUUCUUAAAGCCUGUAAUUCAUUGUGCACAGCCUCUCCCUGCCUUUUUUGAGCUCCAUUGAUUAAAGCAGAAAUCUUUGUGUUUAAGGUGCAGAGGGAGCUUUGAGAUGGGGCAAUGACAAAAAAGGCUGCUGAUGCAUUUGACACCUGUAGUUUUCAAAUUUGAUUUUAAAAGUCCUCUUCCACUUACUCCACUUACACAAAGUGAAGCCAAAGAUUGCCACAAAUAAGGAGAUUUUGCACAGAGCAUUGCAAAUGCUUAGCUCAGCCUUUCAUCAACGUGGCCUUUUUGAGCAAAAGUGUACUAAGGCAUGGUGGACAUUAUACAGGAAAGAGCAGUAAAGGUCAUCUAUCCUGAAAACUCAAAAUCAAAAAGGGAGAAGACAGAUCAGAGAUAGCAUCCUUUUGAAGCAGGCCACCAAAAUACAGAGGAGGGAAAUUUAAGAAAGGGCCUGAGGACUAUCUGAAUUGAAACAUAAAAUUCACAGAAGCUGAAGUUGAGGGUUCUGUAAUUUCCUUGGCUAGACCCACUGAAUACUGCAUUCUUCUGUUAGAGAACUUAAAAGUCUUUUGCACUUAAAAAAAAAACCCUCUAGAAUGCACUGGAUUUUGCCUUAGCCAAUUUUAACAUGUCCAGCAGUUUCAAACAGGAUAGGAAAAUACAUUUCAUCGUGAGUGGUGAAAUUCUACCGAUUACCCAACCGACCUUCAAAAAUGCCACCGUUGUUCAAAUGAAAUUCUCCAAAACAGAGAUCAGAAGGCUAUCAAGGAGAAUUUGGGGGUGGGGGGGGGGGAGGAGAAGGGCAGAUGGAUGGAUUGAAACUGAUCAGAGCUCCAGUUGAAUGAGGUAACAGGCUGGCGGGUCCCUAAGGGUGUGCAUGUGCAUGUACACCCCGUGUAGUUGUUGACCGCUUUAAUUACCAAUAUCUGCAUUGUUAAAAAUUUUCCAUUUUAUGUGCCUCCUGUCAGCCAAUACCUAUGUUCAUAUUUACAUUGACUCAUCAUGGUGACUGUACUCUUCCCUCACAGUGCCCCUAUUGGUGUGGAGGUACAAUUACAACAUGCUUAUACAAAACUGUUUCAAUUAUAAUUCCUUGUGACAGCAAUUUUAACGAAAUGGAAAUUAUAAACUGGGACCGACUGCUUGGCUUUGAAAGGGAAGGCCAAAUUGUAUCCACUCCUUGGUUCAGUUAGUCUCUACUACAGUACUUUUUAAAAAAAAAAGCCAAAGUUAUUGCAGAACAAUCUAAUUCAACCCUGGGCCAAACACAGCACAUUUGAGUCAAAAGUGACACAGGUGUGCCCACUGGUAUUUAAACUGUACUAAAUAUAAUUGCGAAUUUCCUCAUACCAUGAUCGCUUCUGUCUCUAGAUGCUGUGCUGUUGAUUGCCUCUGCAUGCUUCUGUUGCUCCUUCCAGGGUCCAGCUCCUGACCUCGCUGACUCGAGUUAGUACAUGGGCAUGAUCUGCGUGCCUUGAUACAUACCUUAUAACUCUUGCGUGGGACAGAAGUCUGGAUACAACUUGCAAAACAUGUAAACUCUCUGGGCCCUUGGCAUUAAAUCAAUGUUUACAGGAAGAAAAAUAAAAUGUCAAAAGAAGAAAAGCAGACUGUGCUGGUGUUAACAUUUAUCUUUGAAUGUGGACACUACACAAAAAGAAACAAAUGUGUACAUUUUUGUACAUGAAUGUGAUUGUAUUUUGUAUGACAGAAAAUAUAUUUUUGCUGUACGUA